CUUCAUCUUCCUCCAAUUUGAAUGGCGUUGGGUUUGGACUCGGGAGAGUUACACAUAAUCCCUUGCUUUAUUAUCACUGUGUGGGGGUACAAGGUAUUCUCAAAGGUUCAAACCUAGCGGCCUCGGAGGCCAACGUAAUACGACUUUCCGAUUUUUUUUUGUUCUGUCCGAGGAUACACCAAAAUAUCUCGAUUCGUUGUUUUAUUCCGUGCCUCGCGAGUUUGUUCCCUGGGUUUCCGAUUGCUAUCUAUGCAAAGAUCGGCAACCUUAUAUCUUUCAAUUUGCUUCAGCUGGGAAACCAUUUUAUCAUUGUAUUAAAGCUCAAGAUUGAGAAAUAUCUGGCAUACCGAAGUGCAUUGUUAGAAGAUGCCUCGAGACUUAUCCCGAUCCCGAUCACCAUCUUAUAGGCGAAGACAUUCACCAUCCCCAGUCGGACACAGGCAUAGCAGGAGGAGCAGAAGAGACAGAAGCCGAUCUCCAUAUUCUUCCUACUCUUACAGCAGAGGGAAAAGUCGUUCUAGUUCCCCACGACGUCACAGAAGCCGUUCUAUAACUCCAAGACGUCAUAAGUCGUCUCCGACUCCAAAACGAUACAGAAGACACAGAAGUAAGAGUUCCUCAUUGUCUCCUACUCGUAGAUCUUCCAGUUCGAGUCUUGGUUUGGUAGAGCGCAAAACUGCCAUUGAAAAACAGAGGAAAAGAAGAAGAGAAGAAAAGAGGCGGCAACAGGAAGCAGAAUUGAAGCUAAUUGAAGAAGAGACUGCCAAGAGAGUGGAAGAUGCAAUUCGUAGGAGAGUUGAAGAGAGCUUGAAAUCUGAAGAAAUUUUGGUAGAGAUUCAAAGACGGUUGGAAGAGGGAAGAAAGAGACUAGUUGAUGAAGUUGCAGCUCAACUUGAGAAAGAAAAGGAAGCUGCUCUUAUUGAGGCUAGGCGGAAGGAGGAGCAAGCUCGGAAAGAGAAGGAAGAGCUUGAAAGGAUGCUUGAAGAGAACCGGAGGAAGGUUGAAGAGGCUCAGAGAAGGGAAGCUUUAGAGCAGCAGAGGAGAGAGGAGGAACGAUAUAGAGAGUUAGAAGAGCUCCAGAGACAAAAAGAAGAAGCCAUGCGAAGGAAACAGGAGGAGGAGCAAGAACGUUCAAACCAAAUGAAGCUGUUGGGCAAAAAAUCACGACCAAAGUUGUCAUUUGCAUUUGGAUCAAAAUGAUUGUAGAGUACCUUGUGUGUCUUUUUUUCGCUGCUAAACUCUUGAUUGUUUGCCUAAAUUCCAUAUUUGCAUCUGUAAUAGAGGGAAUUAUGCUUUCCCACAAUUUUCUGGGCAAUGUUUUGUAUCUGAUACUCCGUUUCCACUUCCAGUUUGUGGGAAAUUUGAUUGCUUAUCAUCACUCAA